GAGAGAAGAAUGAAUAUGAAAAUGCAACUUAAAAUCUGCCUUACGGUCUUUUUGUGGCUUCAUUUUGAGCAUUUGCUGCAAUAUGUUUCUGCAGGCACUCAUCCAGCCUCUAUUACGAAUGCAAACCUGAUGUUUGAGUUCUUACUGGGCGGGGUAGAGCUCGACCAGGACAACAACAUUAUCCUCCACGACAAGGAGCUGGCAUCGAUGAGGCCGGCCAGGGCUUUCCUGUCUCAGAUCAAUGACAACUACCCCAGAAAUCUGAGCUCCAUGAUGCAGAUGGUGGCCACUUUGGAGGGUCGAAGGAGGAGGCCUCUGACUCAGGAUCAGUUUGAGAGUCUUACCCUGAGCAUGGUGUACUCCGCCCACCGGACCAGGCAUCAGGACAGACAGGAGCGGGAGGCCUGGGGUGCAGUGCUCCUCCAUUUGGCUAAUGUCACAGUUCACGAACUACGCGGAAGUCACCUCUUCAGUUAUGACUGAUGCACACGCUGACAUUUUAUAUGAGGCAAAGGUGCGUUCAAUAAAUCCCUUUCCUUACAUUCUCAUGUCAAGUGUAUUCA